CCGAACGCCCCCCCUGGGUUAGUCAUCCAACGGUAUGCUAAUAUCAUAGAAGUAUAUGGCAUCUCCCAGAUACAACUCGAAUACCGCCGAAACGCUGAGGAUGUCGACGCUGCAAGCCCGGCACAGGGGACACAACAUCCCGGACGGCGUGACCACUUUCAACGAGAUCGAAUACGACCGGGAAGGAGGAGUGUUCCUGAACCGGACCAAACUGAUCCUGGUGUGCAUCAUCGUGUUUCUGUUGACAGCCGUGUCGGCCAUACUGGGAAGGUGGUCGGCCGAAAGAGCGCUCCGGCCGUACAUAAAUCCUGAUUCGUUGAUAAAGAAGGCCGGUGCUGACCCUGCGAUACCGUUCUUGGCCGUCGAGCCCGAGAGCUACAAGGUGUUUAUUCAUCCGCAACUGUAUGCAGAAGACGGCACGGUGCCCAAACACGACGUCGAAUACAACGGGCGGGUGGAAGAUUUUCGGCCUAGAACAGAUACGUCAGUGAUAAGCUUGCACGUGGGUCCGCUGUCGAUCGACAAAGACCCGUUAUUGAAACGCAGGGAACACAUCAACACACCGACGGAAAAAGUUUUAGAAGACAAAUACCAAUUCGUGAUCACAACCGAUGUGGACGAAACUCAGGAGACGAUGACAGUAACCGUUGGUGAACCACUCAGAAUGGGACAAUACUACAGUCUGUUCGUUACAUUCAAGGGAACCAUCGGUCGGAAUCCGAGCAACGGAGGGUUCUUUAAGGUGGUGUUUGACGACAAAGAAGCCGUCAAGAACCGAUGGUACGUGGCCACCAAGCUGGAACCGCACAAGGCCAGGAACUUGAUGCCGUGCGUGGACAAUCCCAAACACAAGGCGUACUUCGAAAUGAGCGUAGUGAGAAACAAAGACACCACGGUCAUUUUCAAUACCAAACUCAAGACUACCGAGCCGUAUGACGGAGAUCUACUCUUGGAUCAAUUUGAAAAAACCGGACUCAUCAGGCCGGACUCGCUUGGAUUGUUCAUGUCGAAUUUCAAAGCCCGCCCCGUGCCCACUACGGGCUCAGUGACGGUGAGCGCCUGGAGCCCGGAGCCUACGGACUCCAUUGAAAUCAUAACGGACGUGGUGCCCAAAACGUUGGAUUUCAUGGCAUCAUAUUUGGACACGGGCUUUCCCACCAACAAGCUAGACAUAGUUGUCGUGCCCAGCGCUUCGGUGAGCUCGGCGGAGAGCCCCGGCUUAAUCGUUCUCAAGGAUUCGGCGUUGGCCGCGGAACAAAAGUCGUCGGCAAUCGACUACCAAAAGUCUAUGGAAGCCAUUGUGGUGCACGUGAUCAGGCAAUGGCUAAUGCCGUUGCGAGGUCUCGGUCAAACCAGCAAGGAAGACAAUUGGCUGCACGAAGCGAUGGCGCAAUUUCUGAAAAUUGUCAACAUCGACCACAUCAAACCGUCUUGGGAUUUUGGCGCUAGAUAUCCGCUGGACACCAUACAGAAAGUGAUGUUCUACGACAGUUGGCUCAACGCGGAACCCUUAGCUUAUGACGACGACCGCACUGACAUCCAUCAGUACACAAGUCCUUCAAAAGGAACGGCAAUUUUGCACAUGUUAAACAACACGUUUACCGAGGACAUAUUCAAGCAAGCCCUUAAAGAAUAUCUAACCGUUGACAUGUACAGACGUUAUGAGAUAAACAGUUUUUGGACGAUCCUGGAGGAUAAAGCAAGAAACAGUUCUGUAAAUUUACCAGACAGUUCGGCCGUGCUGCAGAUUGUCAGCACUUGGACGCGAAACAAGAAUUAUCCAUUAGUCAGCUUGAACGUGGACGGAGACGAUUUAAUUGUGAAACAAUUUCGGUUUGAAUACGACGAACCCAAACCCACCAACGAUUGGAUAAUACCGAUAACGUUAACUUCCGGUGCAACAAACAGUACCCUUGUCUGGUUAGAGAACCAACCGGAAACGAGGGUUCCCGGAUACGUCUCGGCGUCAAACGGAACUUAUAUAUUAGCUAAUCUACAUCAAACAGGCUAUUUCCGUGUAAGCUAUGAUGAUAGCUUGUUGGACAAAAUCGAGGUCGAGAUCAGUAAAGAAAGUGGUGAUUUGGACGAUUACACGAUCGCCCAAGUGAUAUGUGACCUUUUCGAAGGAGCACUAGCCGGCGUUACCACCUUUAACAAUGCACUGGGAUUACUGGAUAGAGUUAUACAGAAGGCUACUCCGACCUACGGAUGCUGGGAAGCCAUUUACACAGCAUUCAACAAAAUGGAAUCUAUUCUACAUAGUACAAGGCAUCAUGGACCUCUUUCGAUAUUCAUGGAGGCAGCUGUGAAAAGAGCGUACGAAUUAUUCCAAAACAAUGCCAACGACAAGCCAUCUGAAAAAAUUGAAAAAAUGGAUACGUUAAGUAUAGCCGGCCGAAUGGAACUGAAAGAAUACGUGAAAUGGGCUAAAAACGAAUUUGAGACUUGGAAGACCAAAGCGGCUGAAUCGAAUCCUAUUGAACCGAACAACAGAGAAUCAGUGUAUUGCACUGUUAUGCAAUACGCCACCAAAACCGAUCGGCUGUUCAUGUUAGACCAGUACAAACUUUCCGAAAGCACUAUGGACAGGAAGGCUUUGGCCAAGAGUUUCUCGUGCUCACAAAAUUCGAUAUUUUUAAAUAAAAUAAUGUCGUUGGACGAUAUCAAAGAAGAAGAUUCGAUAGAAGUUUGGGAAUCGUUCGCAAACAAGCCGACGGCCGGUCCGUUAAUGUUUCAUUACUUGAGAAAUAACUGGGAGUCACUGUACAAAGAGUAUUUGGACUCGAACCGGGAACUGUUGGUGACGAUGCUACGAACGGCCGUCCGAGGAUUGAACAGUCUGGCCGACUUGGAAAACGUCAGCAGUUUUACUGAAAAAUACUUUGGCGUUAACGUAGACAACAGAGAUUUAAAACUGCUGGACAUUUUGCGGUUCGAAGAAGAAAUACUUAGGCAAAAGAUUUCGUGGAGGGAAAAAUACGAAACGGUCAUAUCCGGUUGGAUAACUCCGAGAUUGGGAAAAAGCAAAUUUUAUACACAAGACAGCGACAGUCUGAAGUAUGCCAUUCUGGACGGGAAAACGCCCGAGGCCGGCGAGGGCUCCAAAACGACCAAGCCCGAAGGUUACGUGGAACAAGUAACUAAGUUAGUCCUGAAACCUAAAAACGACAAGAAGGAUUUAAAACAACCCGAGGCCGAGGUACCCGUUGAAGGUAAACCCGGAGAAGACCAACACAAAAAAUUAGAGCCACAACCAGAUAAAAGCAAAUCAAAAGAAAAUGAAGUAACGAGUUGAAUGAGUAAAAUCAAUUCAUCUCGUUCACGUCAUGUCAACAAUGUAUAAAUGUGUCAUUAAAUUAAUUGAAUUUACACUUAGUAAAAAUUAAGGUUUUUGUAUACGCAUACACAUUUAUUUUAAUACAAUUUAUAAAACUCACAUUGAUUAAGUUAGCCGUAAUCUUUUAACUAUUAUUCUACGUGUACCUAAUAUUACUAUCAACAUAUGAUUAUUAUUUCAUAAAAUAUACUACGAUUAAUAGUUCUAGCCGAAGUAAUGUUUAACAAUAU